GAUUGUUCCUCUCUAGACCCUAUGGAGCAAUACAAUCGCAAAGGGUAGGCAUUUAGACCCCCCCCCCGCCAUGCGCUUCACAAGCAUGUGAUGUGUCAGCAAGCCAGUCAUGCAGCUCAAAGCAAAGCCGUCAUGAACUCCAUUAUAAUCAGAACAGCGAGCGACACGAUCCUAUUUGAUCAUCAGCUGAAAGGCUCCCUACCACCAUAUCAACAUGGAUUGUGGGAUUAUUACAUCCAAAACAGUCCUUUUGCUUCUGAAUAUAAUAUUUUGGGCUGCGGGUGGCGCUCUUGCCUACGUCGGCUCUUACGUGAUCAAGAGCUACAACAACUUUGACAACUUCCUGGAGGAUAAGUACACACUCAUCCCUGCAGCCAUCAUCAUCACUGUGGGAGUGGUGAUGUUCAUCAUCGGGACUGUGGGCUGCUGCGCCACCCUGAGAGAGUCCAAAGUGGGCCUGAGCUUUUUCCUGAUGAUCCUCCUGGCCAUGUUUGCAGCAGAGGUCGCUGCCCUAGUGUUUGCGUUCAUUUACCAAGGCAGGAUAAAAGGUGAUUUGGAGCAGUCAAUGAGCGAUGUGUUCCAGAAGUAUGACGGGGAGAACUCUGAAACCCGGGCUGUGGAUUAUCUGCAGUCUCAGUUGCAGUGCUGUGGAGUGCAGACCUACAUGAACUGGACCACCACGCCCUGGUUCAGCAGCAGUAACAACACUGUGCCCAUCUCCUGUUGUAAACGAAACAACACUGAGUGCACAGGCAAAUUGGACCAGCCAGACCUGCUCAAUACUCAGGGUUGUGAGGUUAAGCUGGAACAGCUCCUUCAGGAUGUGAUGAGCUAUGCCAUGCUGGUCAUCCUUGGCUUUGCCAUCAUCAAGUUUUUCGGGAUGCUCAGUGUGUGUGUGAUCACCUGUAAAAGUGGCAGGCGAACUGGCUACCAGGCCCUGUAUGUCUGAUAUGACCUGCUGUCUUGAAGGAUGCUUUAGAGGCUUGUCUUGCAGCAGCUCCUGACCCUUGACCCCUGACAACUCUCCCCGCUCCUCUCCAGCAGUGUGAGGUCAUAAAGCCCAAAAACUUCACACUAAUAUUUUAGCAUCCUUUCAUGAACAUUGUCUUACUGUUUUCCUUCAGCUUUCCCAGGCAGUUGUCAGGCCCACCAAACUUUAGGCAAACCACUGCCAGCGUUGAAAGCAAUGGAAAACCACGAGAUGACAUUUUUUAAAAGAUAGUUGCAAAUUACCACUCAAACUUUUAAACAAAGGAAGUUGGCUUAAGCUUAACGGUGUUGUAAUUUGCUGCUGUACAUACGGAAAAAAAUAAAGGAUAUGCACAGUGAUAUAUCAGUACAUGGAAUACGGUCCAUUUAAAGGGGAAAUCUGCGGCGACCUGGGAUUCAACAACAACAAAGAUAAACAGCUGAGGGAUGGGGAAAUGUAACCACUCUCAAACCUGCAUGCAUGGACUGACCAUCAAUGAUAUCAAAUUGAUAGUUUUAACCAUGUUUUGAAGCUAUACAGUGAUUGUUUACAAUUACUUUGUUUAUAAACAAUGGUGUAAAACAUGCUUAUAUCUUGGGUUCUGAUAGGACAAGACAGCUGAACUAAGCUAUAUCAAUGGCUAUAUAUCAUUCAUUUAAAAGUCCAAAAAUGCAUCUUCCAAUCCCAUAUUUCCCCUUUAAGGAUUGAAAUGUUGUGUUGAUUCUGCCAAGUAGUUUUUCAGGUUCCAACACAUCAGCUAGUAGGCAUUUGUCUAAGAUAUACAGCAUUACAUUAGAAAAGAACUGUCAACAUUCUUUUGGAAAUUAAUGCUUAUUGUACUUGAAAGAGAUAUUGAUUUCAAUGUCCAUGAACACCACUAAUUUCUGCACCAUUGUAGAGUAUUGUGCAAUUAAAUGUAAUCAUAUGAUAGAGCAGACGGUAUACAGUUGGACUUGCUUGUGUAUAUUUGAUUUCUAAUGUAUUAAAAGCUAACUACAAAGACA